AUGAAGAAGCCAACCGUUGCUGUUGACUUGGAGGCAUUUCUCCGUGCGUCGUUUCCGUCGCGCCGCGAUUUUUUCACAACCGAGGACGCCACCCGUGCGCUUGCUGAUUACACGGGAGCAUCAUUUUGGGAAACGUCUCUGGUGGUGGACAUGCGUCAGUCACACCACACCAUGGAACAGAUGCAAACAUACGCGACGCGAAUAGCUGGGGGAAGGCGGGGAAACGGUGAGGAGGGCCCCCGCAUGACAGCGAUGCUGCCGGGAAUUCAGGACUCACAUGGAGGCAAAGAAGCCGCGUGGGAAAGUGGCGACGGUUCGGUCCGCUCCCUGCCCGUCAAGCCGUGCGUGGAGCGAAACAGAAAGACAUGCAAGCAGUUUUGGGAAAAUGGUGCGUGCAAGUUUGGUUCACGGUGUCUCUAUCAUCACUUGGCACCCUCGCAGGGGCAUUUGGCUGACCCGAGUGUGACGAAGGCAUCCCUCGGCCACUGUUUUGGCAUCGCGAACCGAUGCGUGGAAGAGCUACCAAAGCCCAAUGUCUCUGGCGGACCAUCGGAUUUGAAUUCAAAGGAAGGGAACCGUGAGGUGCUGGCUGCCCUGCCAUCAUCCGCCAACAACUACUCCUCCUCGGCUCCAAGGUCACACAGUGGGGCUCUGAGGGCCACGACAGCAAUGCCGCAGGAACCCCCAAAGCCGCUUGGCGGGACGGCGUGUCCGGUGUUUGCGGCCUUUGGCGGGGUUGUUGUGCUUCCGGUUUCGCUGCCGGAUGGAUCUAUAUGCGGCUACGCCCCUUUCCCACUGCAGAUGCCACUUGUUCGAUUUCCUCGUCCAUAA